AGAAAAAGUUGAUAUUUUUAUUACCUAAAUCAAAAAUAAUUUAAUUUAAUAUAAAAUAUGUAUUAAGAAUAGUAAAACGUAUAACUUAUUAUAUCAUUUUUAACUUCAUUUGUUUUGAAUUAGGAAGAGUUAUGCCGGAACAUUUAAAUAUUUUAGAAUUGUUUAGUGGAAUAGGUGGAAUGCAUGCUGCUCUUAAACGCUCUGGUGCUAGUGGUGAAAUAAAAGGAGCAGUGGAUAUUAAUCCAAUAGCAAAUUCUGUUUAUAUACACAAUUAUCCGAAUACCAAGGUUUUUAAUAAAAAUAUACAAAGUUGCGAUUCUAAAUUCAUAGAAAAGUUGCAAGUUAACACCAUAUUAAUGUCCCCGCCUUGUCAACCUUUUACAAGAGUUGGAAAUCAAAGAGAUGUUAGUGAUAAUCGAACUGAUGCUCUAAAAUAUAUUUGCAGUACUUUACCUAAAUUAACUUCAAUAGAAUUUAUUUUAAUGGAAAAUGUUAAAGGUUUUGAAAAUUCAGAAGCAAGGAAUUUAUAUGUAAAAUCUUUAAAAGAAUCAAAUUUUCGCUACAGAGAGUUUAUUUUAAGCCCUUCCCAAUUUGGAAUACCAAACACUAGACAUCGCUACUUCUGUAUCGCUAGAAAAAAUGAUUUUAAUUUUGAAGAUAUUUUAUGGGAAUCAUUGCCAAAUAAAAAAUUGCCACUUUGCCAGCCAUUUUCUAUGAAAAAAAUCCUUGAACCUGAAGAUGAAAUACCCAAAAGUUUAUAUUUAUCAGAGGAUUUAUUGCAAAAACGACUUAUGUUACUGGAUAUUGUAAAUGAAAAUAGUACAAACUCAAUAUGUUUUACGAAGGCUUACACUCAUUACGCAGAAGGAACUGGCUCUGUGUUAAGCAAAUUAUCAAAAAAUGAAAUGUCAAAUAUAUUCAAUGAAAUCAAUUCUAUUGAUAAAAAUUCUCCAGAAUACUUAGAGCUUCUGAAAUCCCUUAAACUAAGGUAUUUCAUGCCUCAGGAAUUGUUACGUAUAAUGUGUUUCCCUGAAGAAUUUCAAUUUCCAUCAAUAACAACACAAAAACAAAAAUAUAGAUUGAUAGGAAAUAGUGUUAAUGUAUUUGUUGUAAGUGAAUUAAUAAAUUUACUAAUCAGUUAA